GGUUGUCACACUCUUUGUGCACUUUACAGAAGUGAAGGAGAGGGUCUCUGUUCAUUGUUCUGGAAGAUACAGGCUGUGGUCACACAUAACUUCUAUAACCAGUACAAAAGAAUUUAGUUUAAAAUUAAAAUGGCACUCUCAGCGGUCCUGAAACAAGACAACAUCUCUACAGCUAUCCAGGCUUGUCAAGCCCCGGGAUCUUUCAACUACAAGUCAUUCUUUGAACAAGUAGGACUGAUGGGUAAAUCCAGUUCAGAUGGGGAGAAGGUGUUCAAGGCCCUGGACCAGGACAAGAGCGGAUUUAUUGAAAAGGAGGAACUAAAACGCUUUCUCCAGAACUUCUGCUCAGGCGCCCGAGAGCUCACUGAGGCAGAGACCAACUCUCUCUUGGAAGCUGGAGACUGCGAUGGAGAUGGCAAAAUUGGGAUGAAAGAAUUCUGUUCCUUGCUGAACUGAACAUGUGGCAAACGGCUGACUUGAACUUUCUGCUACAUUCAUUUAAUGUUUCUCUCUUAUUUAUUUUGCAUAUAUUAUCUGUGAGUUGCUUUUUAUAUUACAUAUGAAGAUGUGCUUAGAAAAUCAUUGUUGAAAUUGUGAACAUUUAUAUUCGGAACAAAAUAAACCCAUUAAUUUGCUUCUGUAACUGGUAAAAAAAGAAAAAGAAAAUGAAACUGCUAAAUAAAG